AUGUCUUUGCCAACCAGGAAGACCCAGAAAUAUUAUGCAGAAUCUGGGUCUUUUUCUGAUUCAAAAGAUACGUCAUCACCAUCGGAUAAAAGCCAUACGGCUGGUGACAAUACUCACAGCACAAAUAGAACUUCCAGUCUGCAAUCCCUGCCAUCUGGGUAUGCGCAACAAAAUUAUAGCUCUUAUCACAAGCUAGAGAAACCAUUCCCAGUAGCAGGUGCUAACACGAGAUCGUUUUCAUUUGACCCGACGAAUUCUCAGCCGCGUCAACCAGAUGCGAUCUUCAGCGAAAAUCCCUUCCCACAGUUCGGGCAGUCUUCACAGCAACAUCUAGAGCAGCUGCAUUCUUACCAGAAUAUAUCAACGUCGAAAUCACAGCAACUGCCACUAACGCCACAGGGAUAUCAAGUGUAUCACAAGAACCCUACGCAAAAGCAGCAAAACACAAUGGGGACCGUUGUUAAUGAUCAAGCUUACUCAUACUAUCAUGGGAAGGCCCCUCAAACAUUCCCCAUGUCACAGCCACCAAUCAACCCACCCCAAAUAAACAUACAGAAGGGAUCCGGGAUGAAUUUCAUUUCGGCACCGCAAAUAAUGGAAGAAAUGCCCUCAGGAUAUCAAAGUGGUGCGGCUGUGACAAAUCUGGCGUCAUCCAAUGCAUGCAAUAUUCAACAAGGAACGGCUGAAAUGACCGGAUUAGCGAAUCGUCCCGCGGAUAUUAAUUAUAUGGGUAUAUCAAAUCUUGCGUACGAGCUCUCACAGAAGAUUCCAAUUCCCCCUUAUGCAAACGUUCAACCAAGCCCAGAGUCGUUGAAAGUGGAACACACAAAACGGAACAGGAGAAAGUCCAAGUUUACUGAGGAACAAGACAAGAUGAUAGUAGACAUGAAGAAGGCAGGAAAGUCCUGGGUAGAUAUUGCCGAAGCUUCCGGGGUUGGUACAUACUUGGCUGCAAGAAAUCGGUAUCAGGUGUUAAUAGGACAGCAAGGUGGUGUCAACUCUGACAGUGGGCCGGAUGAUGUUUUGCAACUUCGAGAUAUUUUGGACGAGGGAGAAGUUGAAAAAUGGCAAUACUUGACCCGAGAAUUCAUCAAGGCCAAGGGGCAGGAUGUGAGUCCUGAACAGGUGAGGGAAUUCAUAAGAUACCUGUUUUGGAAGAAUCCAGCACUCUUUGAUGUUGACGAAAGUUACCUGUCGGAGCUCAUGAAGUUGCAGCAGGGCCCAAAAAGCAAGGCACAUGAUAUUCAACAGCAACACCAGCAACAACACCAGCAACAACAACAACAACAACAGCAACAGCAACAACAACAGCAACAGCAACAGCAACAACAACAGCAACAGCAACAACAACAGCAACAGCAACAACAACAGCAACAACAACAACAACAGCCAAUGUCAUCAACACUCAGCUAUCCCCAACAAGGAAUGCAGAUGCAGCUGGGACAAACGUUACAACAGUAUUUCCAACCAUCGUUAUAUCCAACGUAUGCCCAACCGCAAAGCUAUGUUUUGCAACCACAAAAUCAGAUUUAUUCUCCUGCGUCUCAGACCCAGCAGCAUAUGCUGCACCUACCAAGACAAAAUAUACCCCCUCGUCAAUUACAAAUGGAUUCACCUGCCCGAACUCCGCACGAGCAGGCGCCCCCCUCAUGGCCACCUGUUGGAAUACCGCAACAACAAGAACAAAGCCAGUCUCAGGUCUCACAGGAAGAACAGGGACUAAUACAACAAGAAAAAAGCGGCUCAGAUAAAGAUACAAAGAGACCCUAA